AUGGCUGUCUUGAACAUCAUACUGUACUGCACUAUUUGUGCUCUGAUCUCGAUCAAGAUAUAUGUCGGUUUUCGGCAAGGAGUUCUUUCAGGACAGCACGGAAGUGGCCAGCUCUUAACCCUCAUUCAGAAGGAUGGCAUCCUACAUUCAAUGACAAUAUUAUUCAUCAACAUCACAAGACUGGCAGUCCUGAACAGUCAGACAGUCGUAGGAUCGAUGACAUAUAUAGUGGAAGCAUUUGUCAUCGUCCUGAUAUCAAGAUUCAUUCUCAACGUUCGUGCUGUCUACGCCCAGGGCCAGAGCCAGACGACGCUGGGCGGUCGAACGACUCUCCAGUUCGCCAAUAGACAGGAUGACAUGUCCGAUAGCGCUGAAGAGUACAAUAGCCAAUCCAGGAUCUCCGCGAUCCGCGCUGAGUUCGAGCUGUCUCAAUCUGAGCGUGAGACUUCUGUGUCUAGAGUUCAUAUCAGAAAUGCCAUUGAGAAUAUAGAAGACUCGCUGGCAGAGGAUGAGGACCCUGGCAUCUUCGUGUAG